GUCGCCUUUGCUGUUCCCGGAAGUGACGCAGCGGCGGGACGGAGGCGGCGGCGGGCAGCACCCACCAGCAGCCGAGGGGCACCCCAAAACCAGCACCCACCCACCCCCACACCGCCUCCAUGGCAGUGGAGCCGGACCCCAUGGCAGGGUGGGACCCCAAAAGCGAAGGGGACCCCAAAAAUGAGGGGGACCCCACAGCGGUCGAGGGGGACCCCGUAUCCCCAGAACGGGACCCCAAAACAUUGAAGCGGGACCCCGUGUCCCCGAAGAGGGACUUGGCUGCGACGUCGGACCCCAAAAUAUCAAAGUGGGACCCCAAAAUACCAAAGCGGCACCCUACGUCCCCAAAGCGGGACCCCAAAAUAUCCAAGAGGGACCCCACGUCCCCCGCGCGGGACCCCACGGCAGAGGGGGACCCCCUCUUCCUCGAUGGUUUCACCGGGGUGCUGGGGACCGAACGCUGGCGCCCCGAAACCGGCCCCUCGGGGCGCCCCCGCCGCCCCCCCGCCCGCACCCGUCUCCGCAACCGCCGCUACGCCGCCCUGCGACAGCUCAUCCAAGACGGCGAAUACUUCAGCGAAGAGGAGAUGCGAGCGCGGGAACCCCUCCUCUACCAGCACUACAUCGGGCAGUAUCGGGGGGUCGAGCCCCUCCCUGGGGAUCCCCAGGGCACCCCCCAUUUUUUGGGGAACCCCCCCGGUCCCCAAUCGCUGACGAAUUUGUUGCUGCGUUCGGUGGAGGAGGCGGCCGUACAGCAACGCCUGCGCCGCCAGCGGCUGCGGGACGGCGACAGCGGAGAGGAAGAGGAGGACGAUGACGCGGACCCCUGGGUGCCCGACGCGGCCGAGCGGGCGAUGCUGCGGGAGGAAUUCACCAGCCGAAUGUACCAGCGCUUCUUGGACGGGGAGGAUGGGGACUUCGACUACAGCCAGGUGGAUGAAAACCCCGACUUGGACAACCUGGACAUCGUCUCCCGGGACGCCGAGGAGCGAUAUUUCGACGAGGAGGAGCCCAGCGAUGCCCCCCAGCUUGAGUAGGGCCCCCCCAAAAUGAGUAGGGCUCCCCCAAAAUCAGUAGGGCCCCCCCCCAAACGAGUAGGGGCCCCCCCAAACCAAAAAACAUCCCCCUCCCCGAGGCUGGGGGGGGGACGGGACACACAGGGCUCGGGGUGUUUUCCACAGGGAAGCCCCGGGGGGGGGUGUGGGGUGGGGGGGGGGGUACGUGACCACACCCCGCAUUCGUCACGGCCGUGGGGGGCCCUGUGAGUCACCCCACAGUGUGUGUGUGUGGGGGGGGUGUCACCCCACGGCCCCCCCCCACCCUGGGCUGGGCUCCUGUGGUUUCCCAUCUCCUGCCACCCCCCCAGAGCUGACUGCGGCUCACAGUGGGGGGGGGGGUCCCCAGGCAGCCAGGGCCCCCCCACGGCUCCAACCACAGCCCCACGCCCUGGGGAUGUGUCACCGCGGGUGCCCCCCCCGCUUCAUUUGGGGGGGGGGCUAUUUCCUGGCCCCCCCCUCCCCCGGAAGAAUAUUUUUAUCCCUUCCGCCCCCGCGGGGGCCGGACGCCGGCAGGAUGGGGUUGGGGGGGGGGGGCACGGGGCGGGGGGGGCCCCUGUUGUUGUGUGUUGUGUAUGCGCCCCCCCCCCCCCCCAUUUCUGCCCCCCCCCCCGCUAAACAGAAAGCGGAAGCUGAGCCAAAAUCCCCCAACAACAACAACAAAAACCCCCAAGAACCGGCUAAAAAUUAAA